GAGAUUGACGGCAGAGUCGAUCCGCCAAGACGGCUCCUAACGAUCUUGACUUCUCUGCCCCGGGCUCAGACCAAAGACGCCCGGAGGAGGUCAAUGACUUCGGUAGCUCCUUAACCACACAUCCCAUGACUGACUUUCAGGAGCAACAUCAGCAACCUCAGCCUUCCAUCUACCACCGGCGCUCACAGACGGCUGGCAAUCCCGGUGACUUUUCGCAAUUUCCUCUGCAGCCCGUUCAAUUGAAGUCGCAGCCGCAAUUGCAGCAGCCUACCCCGACUUCGAUCCCGAGUACCUCGCCCACACAGCCCACUCUCACCGAGGAUCACGCCGAUCAUCAGCCGAGAGUCUUUGCUGCUCUACCGUCACAGCGUUCUAGUAAUGGGAACGGACGGCAACCAGUGACUUCAGUAACCAGUGUCCCAGGAGAGCCUACGGCAUCCUCAGCAGACUCCCCCGCCAUCGCCUCAUCGGGCAUGAUUGACCCUAUCCGACAUCGUAGUGCAAGUGGGUCGGUAGUACAAAGGAACAUGGCUCAUGGCUUGGGUCCUCCCUUCUCCCUCAGUACGGAACAGCUGCAGCUGGGCGGCAGCCCUGCAAUGGGCGGCCCAAGUUGGGCAACAGAUGGCCAUCCUGCCCUCUCGACUCCGCAAUCCCCCAUCGAGGGAAGGAGAGGCGCAGGUGUCCUUUCCUCUAGGCUCCAGGCCCAUCUACAGAACAUUGCUCUCCAGAGAACCGCAGAUCCGGACUUCGAGAGCAACGGAAGCAAAGAGGUGAUCCAGGAGCAGCCUUCAGCGCCGAACGCACCACAACAGGACCAACUGUUGCCAGCCUCAGUGAUCACACAUCCCGGGGAGCCCUCACAUCGCGUACGCACAAUGAGCAGCUCCUCUACUUCAUCGAACUCGAGACGUGCAUUGGAGCUCAACGCCGCGUACCCCUUCACAGCGUCUGAGCCGCCCGUCGCGCCGACCCCGCUGCUCUCGCUAGCUCGCAUCGGGCGACUCGCCCCAGAAGCGACGCCCGCCGCAAAGCUGCAAGCAGCUACACAGCGGCCUCCUCUGAGCGCGAUUAGCACUGCGUCUCUACCUGACCUUGCCGGGAGAUCCGUUGAGCGGCCUCUGUCGGCUCACAGUGGUCCCUCCCCGCUUCGCCUUUCUGGCGAUGGCCAGGCGCCCCAGCAGAGUGAGCCAGAGACCAUCACCAAGAUUGGCAUUCUGCUAGACGACGUCGUUGCUCUUGCUGCCAGCGCUCGGGACUUGUUCCUUCAGGGCAACCAUGGCCCGUCAUCAAUGUGCCUGGGAGAGCUUUCUCGCAGCUUGGCAAGAAUUGGUAUGCUAGGCACACAAUCUCUGGCCAAUAUCCAGCAGCACAACGGUGGAGGCGGCGAACAGCCUGGUGUCGAUCCGAGGAUCAAGAAUGGCGCAAGCGAAAGCAGCGGAGAGCCACAUAGCCGUAAUCACUCUGAUAGCGGCGCCCAAUCCGGUGUGACACUGCCACCUGAGAGUCCCGGUAUACGAAAGAGGCCAUCAAACCCAAUGGACGAGCUCCCCAUCAAGACGAUGCGGGGCAAGAACGGCGAACCUGUUGAACCGCCAGCGGCACCUCCGUCUGCACCUCCCACUACGGGACCAAGAAGCGGAAGUCGCGAUGGCGAAAUCGGCAUGAACAUGCAGAUGUUCCAAGCCAUUAGGCCAGCCGCUCCGCCGCUUCUCCACGCGACAUCAGCGCCUCUGGUCCCGCAGCUCAAGAAUCUGGGGCCUUCUGACGCUACUCAGCCUCAACUGCAGCUGCAAGGCUGGCACGACUCUGGGUCUGGCUCGAUGCCAGCUGCCGGAGGUAGCGUUGGUCCUACACCGAACCAAACACCGCCGUCACCUCAAGACACGGCCACCUUUGCGGCUAACACAGCAAACGUCACGCCUCUGCAACAACAGCAAUCGAACACACCUCUGCACUCGCUACCGUCCACGCCUGUCAAUGUCAACACUCCACAGGCGAUCAAACAUACUCGCACACGCUCUCUUCUGGAAGAAGCUUUCUCGGCGAGCCGUCGGCAGUUUGAAGACAUGGCUCGCUCGCCUUUGCUAGCUAUCCGCGACGACGACGCUCCAUGGCUCGAUGAUAGCGGUGGUCAAUCGCCUGCUGAGGAGGCGUGGACUCCCACAGAAGAUAUGGAUGACCCCCUAGGCCAGCUGAUGGGUGCCGCUGGCAAUGGCCAGUUCGACACUUAUCAUAGCAUCAAGACAGAGGCCACACAGGACCCCAAUGCUCCAGCAGCAGAGUCGUCUCACGUCAUGACAUUGAAGGGUACAGUAGACGCACCAGAUAUGCCCGGGCGGGGUGCCAUCCCGACGCUGCCUCCCCACAUUCAGGAGCGCCUCGAUGCCCUCUUCUAUCGCUAUCUGCGCUAUGUCUGCUCUCACAAUGAUUGCUCUGAUGCUCACGGUGAAGGCAUCCAUCAAACAUUGAUGCCCAAGAGGAUGUCGCGAUUGAAUCACAGUGAGGACUUCCGUCCUUUCAAAUUCCGCAUUCAGGCGUUUGUCAAUCGUUGGCAAGAGGAAGUGUACAGGAGCGGUAUCACAGAGGAGCAAUGCUCUCCUAAGCGUCUCAGACAAUACCUCUGGACGCAGCCGUACAUCUCUCGCUUCAACGAAGAUGGUCGGAAAGCCAAGAGCAAAGGCAAUCACGUCUGGAUCGUAGAAGGAAGGAAGCUUUCCGACGAGGAAUGGGAGUUCCAACGCUUUGAACGCAAGAUCGUGGGCCCGGCGGAGAGGAUCGCAUUCCACGACACUCCUUGGCACUGGAUUCUUCGUGUCUGGGACCCUCAGAUGUCGGCAGCUUCCAUCAAGCCCACCUUUUCGGUGAUCACCAAGCCGGAUUGGCUGAGAUUGAAGGACAUCCCAGAUUCGCUAGAGAAGAGCCUGACGGGAACACCCAAUGCUGGCAGCCAAGGGGGAUUGGUAGCGGUUUCCGCCCAAUGUCUGCACGGCAAUGGUAUGGUACAGACUCUUCGGAUCGAGUUUGAGCUUCAAGUGGCUUCCUCGCCGAAAGAUUCGGCUCCCGGCAGAAGCAGCACAAUGGCUACUGCCAUCGCCAUUGGGGACCGGCAGCCAGUAUUCGAAAGGAAGAUUGAGAGGAGAGGUGCUCCUUCAAAUCCAGGUAGUGCAGAUAUGCCUGCUCAUCCCUACCCUGGGGCGAAUCCACUAAACUCAACAGGAAACUCGUCGGCCAAUCUCACAUCAGUGACAUCUCAGUCGAUGCCGCCUCCGCCUGGGAUGGAUUUCCCUCAAGACAUGGGUCGACCAGGGGCUCCUUUGCAACACAUGCACCCUCUGUCGCAGCCCGCUACCCAUGGUGACCUAGGGCCCUUCCCAAAUGGCGGUCCUUCGAUGCAUCCGGUGCAACCUCAUCAGCAUCAAAUGCAGCCUAACAACGCGGCAUUUGCACUACCUCACCAGGCUACUCAGAUGCUGCCACCGGCUUUCCCCGCUUCUGCGACUGCGUCGGCGCCCGCGCGUCAGGGUCAAGAAGGCAAUGGCUUGUUCCCAUCGUUCGACUUCCCCUUCACCGCACCUGAGGCCUAUCCAUCCAAUGCACAGCAAGUCCCCGUCUAUCUGGAUGGCCAAGGUGACUCACCAAUGCUGCCUGUGAACGACCAUCAGCCGCCCUUCCAGCAGCAGCAGCAGCAGCAACAGCCCGCGCAGACUCAAGCUCAGGCUCAAGCAGCUGCAAACGCUGGGCUCCUACCUCAGUUGAGCGCACCCCAGUUGGGCGGUGCAAUGACUCCGAAUGCCUCACAAGGGAACACGCAGCCUCACGAUCAUCUUCACAAGCUGCAAGUGCGAGCUGUGAUUGAGAAACUGCAAAGAGAUCAGACUGCUGAACUGUCUCUAACUCUGCCGACUGAGCGCAGGAAGUCUCAAGUCGAGCAGGAAACGGACCAACGAGACUAUCAUCAGCAGCAUCAGCAAUAUCACCAGAACGCAGUUGCAGCCGCCGUGGCCUCAGGACAAGCCCACGCUCACGCUCAGAUGCAGUCUGCUCAACAGAUGCAGCAAUUACAGCAGCUACAACAGACCAUGGACCAGCACGCCUUCGAUGCCAUGUCCAGCAUUGCGCCAAAUGGUCUACCUCCACCUGCUCAUCACGUCUUUGACCAUGGUCUUGGUUUGGAUGCGGCUUUGGCCCUUUCUGUCAAUAUGGACACAGGCGCGUUCCCACAGCUGAGUUUCGAUCCACAUCAGCAGCAGCACCAUCAGCAGCAGCACCGGGAUCAGCAGCAGGGGCAGCACUAAGGGCAAGCUUUCCCGUCUGUCAGCAAGCAUCACCAACAUGUUCAAACUGGGUACAUAUUCUCGAUUUCUACCUUCGAUUACGGUCACGCUCUGCUUCCCACAUGUAUACUACAAAAGCAAACGUCUCGCUGGGCCUAUGUCACCUCGUCAAUUUCUCUUCAAACUUCUUCGCAAGUCGUCCAGGCUGCUUGACUUCUCAUCUGGAGGAUGCCUUUCAGGGUCAAGAUUGUUCCCCAUGUAUCAAGUUCGCGGAGCUCUUCUCUGCUCUUCGAUUUUUCCCGGCUCACAAUCCCGCGCUGGCGUGUAGAGCCCCUUUACGGUCACGAGGAUUCCAUCUAGCGGAUUUGCAUGGCG